ACCUUUCUCCUCUCCCUUCUUUCUUUUGAUGUCAUUUCGCUCCCUUUUGAGGAAGGAUACGUCCUGGAACGGCGCGUGAGGGGAGAUCCGCUCCAAGAUUGCGCGUCCUUAUCCUCCGUCCUCAUCGUUAUCUCGUUCCCUGUUGUGCUUUUUGGCUGAGAGAAAAAACAACCAAAAAAUGGAUGAGCUCGCUUUGUGAAGAGGAGGAGCAGACGCGGUGCGUUUUGGACACGUGACUCAGACCGAUGCCGUGGGAUGGCGUCAAAGUGAGCGGCAGCAUGCGCGGCGCGCGCUCGGGGGCCGCGCCCGCCCUCGUCGCGUUGCUCCUCCUCAAGCUGGCGUCCUGUCAAGAGGCUCCCUUAGCGGCAGAGACGGGAGUGGCGCAGGACGGGGGGAGAGAGGGUCCGACGGCGGCUCCCACCACGGGACACGGCGACGACAACUCUUUGGGCUACACAGGAUCCCGUCUGCGCCAAGAAGACACGCCGCCCCGGAUCGUGGAGCAUCCGUCCGACCUGAUCGUAUCCAAAGGCGAGCCGGCCACCCUCAACUGUAAGGCGGAGGGCCGGCCCUCGCCCACCGUGGAGUGGUACAAGGACGGCGAACGGGUGGAGACGGACCGGGACGACCCGCGCUCGCACCGCAUGCUGCUGCCCAGCGGCUCGCUCUUCUUCCUGCGCAUCGUGCACGGGCGGCGGAGCAAGCCGGACGAAGGCUCCUAUGUCUGCGUUGCCCGCAACUACCUUGGAGAGGCAGUGAGCCACAACGCCUCCCUGGAAGUAGCCAUUCUGCGUGACGACUUCAGACAGAACCCCGCCGACGUGAUCGUGGCAGCUGGAGAGCCAGCGGUCCUGGAGUGCCAACCGCCCCGCGGGCAUCCAGAACCCACCAUCUCUUGGAAAAAAGACGGCCUGAACAUCGACGACCGGGACGAAAGAGUCACGAUACGCGGCGGGAAGCUGAUGAUCACCAACGCGAGGAAGAGCGACGCCGGGAAGUACGUCUGCGUGGGGACGAACAUGGUCGGCGAAAGGGAGAGCGAAAUCGCCGAACUCACUGUCUUAGAGCGACCCAGCUUCGUGCGUCGGCCCGGCAGCCAGGUUGUGCUGGUGGACCAAAGCGUGGAGUUCCGGUGCGAGGCGCGCGGCGACCCGGUUCCGACGGUGCGCUGGCGGAAGGACGACGGCGACCUGCCCAAAGCGAGGUACGAGAUCCGGGAGGACCACACCCUGAAGAUCCGCCGUCUGACCUCGGCGGACGUCGGCUCGUACACGUGCGUGGCGGAGAACAUGGUGGGCAAGGCGGAAGCGUCGGCCAGCCUCACCGUCCACGUCGUGUCUGUGCCGCCGGCGUUUGCGGUGAGACCGAGGAACCAAGUGGUGGGCGUCGGCAGGACCGUCACCUUCCAGUGCGAGGCCACGGGCAACCCUCAACCGGCCAUUUUUUGGCAACGAGAAGGAAGUCAGAACCUGCUGUUCUCCUACCAACCGCCCCGACCGUCCAGCCGCUUCUCCGUAUCGCAGACGGGGGAUCUGACCAUCACCGGCGCCGAGCGCUCCGACGUGGGCUACUACAGCUGCCAGGCCCUCAACAUCGCCGGCAGCGUCAUCACCAAGGCGCUGCUGGAGGUCACCGACGUGGUGUCAGACCGCCCGCCCCCGGUCAUCCGGCAGGGGCCGACCAAUCAGACGGUGGCGGUGGACGGCACGGCGGUCCUCGGCUGCGUGACGUCGGGCGAUCCGACCGUCCUGUGGAGGAAGGACGGCGUGCUGGUGUCCACCCACGACUCGCGGGUCAAGCAGCUGGACACGGGCGCUCUGCAGAUACGCUACGCCAAGCUGAGCGACUCCGGGUACUACGCCUGCAUCGCCUCCACGCCCGGGGGCGAGGCCUCGUGGAAAGCCCAUCUGCAAGUCCAAGAGUUCGGAGUCCCCGUACAGCCGAACAGACCCACCGACCCCGACCUGAUCCCGAGCGCCCCCUCCAAACCCGAAGUCACGGACAUCACCCGCGCCUCGGUCAGGCUCUCCUGGAAGCCCGACCCGAACGCAGGGGCCACACCCACCUCCUACGUCAUCGAAGCCUUCAGCCAUGCGUCGGGGAGCAGCUGGCAGACGCUGGCAGAACACGUGAAAACCGAGUGGUUUGUGCUGAAGGCCUUGAAGCCCAGCGCAGUCUACCUCUUCCUGGUGAGAGCCGCCAACGCCUACGGACUCAGCGACCCCAGUCCGAUCACUGAUGCUGUGAAAACGCAAGACGUUCUCCCAACCAUCCAGGGCGUGGACCACCGGCAGAUCCAGAGGGAGCUGGGCGAGGUGGUCAUCCACCUGCACAACCCCACCAUCCUGUCGUCGUCCUCCGUCAGGGUGCAGUGGACGGUGGAGCAGCAGUCCCAGUACAUCCAGGGCUACAAGGUGAUGUACAGGCCAUCUCCGGAGGGGCAGCCGCGCAGCGACUGGGCCACGUUCGAGGUGCGCACGCCGGGCGAGGACAGCGCCGUGGUGCCGCAACUCCGCAAGGGCGUCACGUACGAGUUCAAAGUGCGGCCCUUCUUCAACGAAUUCCAGGGCAGCGACAGCGACGUGAAAAUCGGCCGGACCCUGGAGGAAGUGCCCAGCGCGCCUCCCCGCGAAGUUACGGUGGCAGAGAGCGGCGACAACGGGACCGCCGUCGUGGUCUCCUGGCAACCGCCGCCGGAGGAGGAGCGGAACGGGGUGGUCCAGGAGUACAAGAUUUGGUGCUUGGGGAACGAGAGCAGGUACCACAUCAACCGCACCGUGGACGCCGCCACCUUUUCCGUGCUCAUUCCCGGUCUGGCUCCGGGGGUCCGCUACGGCGUGGAGGUGGCGGCCAGCACCGGGGCGGGCCCCGGGGUCAAGAGCGACGUCGCCUAUUUCCGACUCGACGCGUCGGGGCGGAUGACGGCGGCGGCGGACCCCCGGAAUCCCCUGUCGCAGCAGAUCUCCGACGUGGUGAAGCAGCCCGCCUUCAUCGCCGGCAUCGGCACCGCCUGCUGGAUCAUCCUGCUGGUCUUCAGCAUCUGGCUGUACCGCCACAGGAAGAAGCGGAACGGACUCUCCAGCAGCUACGCCGGCAUACGCAAGGUGCCUUCUUUCACCUUCACACCAACAGUGGCGUACCAGAGAGGUGGCGAAGGAGUCAGCAGCGCUGGAAGGCCGGGCCUCCUCAACAUGGGCGAGUCGGCCACGCAGCCAUGGCUGGCCGACACGUGGCCCAACUCGUGCUCCAACCACAAGAACUGCAGCAUUAACUGCUGCGCCGCCGGCGACGCCAACAGCGACAGCAACCUGGCCACAUACAGCCGGCCCGCCGACUGCAUCGCCAAUUACAACAGCCAGAUGGACAAUAAGCAGAGCGGCCUCCUGGUGCCCGAGCCGGGGGUGUACGGCGACGUGGACCUGUCCAACAAGAUCAACGAGAUGAAGACCUUCAACAGUCCCAAUCUGAAGGACGGCCGCUUCGCGGGCGCCGGCGGCCAGCCCACGCCGUACGCCACCACGCAGCUCAUCCAGUCGUCCAUCAUGAGCAACAACGACAGGGGGACUGCGGCUGGAGGAGGAGGUGGCGCGGGGGAGCUGAAUGACAAGCACUGCUGGAAGCCCUCUGGCGGCAUCCUGCAGCCCAAACAGGAAAUGCAGUACAGCAUCAUGGAGCAAAACAAGCUGAACAAGGAUCGCUACAGAGGCGGCGACGCCCCCAUGAUGCCGGCCACCAUCCCGUACAACCACAGCCACGACAGCCACACCGGGGGCUCCUACAACAGCUCGGACCGAGGCAGCAGCAGCACCUCCGGCAGCCAAGGUCAGAAGAAGGGAACGCGCACCCCCAAACAGCCGAAACAGAGCACAAUGAAUUGGGCUGACCUCCUGCCUCCCCCGCCCGCCAACCCGCCCCCGUCGCGCAACGCCGAGGACUGCUAUGACGGCUGCGACCCAGACAUGCAGUGCUCCAUGCCGCCCUGUCACAUGUACCUGCAGCCCGGCGAGCUGGAGGAGGAGGAGGAGGAGGAGGAGAUGGAGAUGGAGAGGGGGCCCACCCCUCCCGUCCGGGGCACGGCCUCCUCCCCCGCCGCCGUGUCGUACAGCCACCAGUCCACCGCCACGCUCACGCCCUCGCCGCAGGAGGAGAUGACGCCGAUGUUGCAGGAGGCGCCCGACAGUCACGAGCGCAGGCGCCACGCUGUGAGCCCCCCGCCCCUCUCACCCUCACACACAUACGGCUACAUCGCCAGCCCCCUGGAUGGCAUGGAGGAGGACGACGAAGAGGAGAUACCUGAGGAAGACGAGGAGGAGGAGGAGGACACAGAUGCCGACGUGGCCAAGAUGCACUACCACCACACCCACCCCCACGCGCACCCCCACCACCCGCAGAUGCACCCGCGCCGGCUGCUGCUGCGGGGCAUCGAGCAGACGCCGGCGUCCAGCAUGGGCGACCUGGAGAGCUCUGUGACGGGCUCCAUGAUCAACGGGUGGGGCUCCGCCUCCGAGGAAGAUAACGUCUCCUCGGGGAGGUCCAGUGCCGUCAGCUCGUCGGACGGCUCCUUCUUCACGGACGCCGACUUCGCGCAGGCUGUAGCGGCUGCCGCGGAGUACUCGGGCCUCCGGGUGGCCAAACAUCCCGGAAUGCAAGGCCAGGAAGCUGCGGCGCUGUCGGCGCGGAAAUACCAAAUCAACCCGUCGGGCCGCCGUCCCGGCAGCCCGGUGUCCACGGACGGCAGCAUGAGUAUGGCGGCGGUGCACAGGAGGCCUCCGAAGAAGCAGAAGCAACACCCGCCCGCGGGGAACCAGAGACGUGAAGCCUACAGCGAAGAUCUUCCGCCGCCACCCGUCCCCCCCCCGGCGGUGCUGAAGUCCCCCACGCAUCCCUCCAAGGCGGGCCCGGAGGGCCGGGCGGCGGUCUCCCCCAAAUCGGGAGAGGGUCGAGACAAGAGAGGGGCGGCGGGAGCGGGGGGCUACCGACCCAAAGAAGGCUCGGACCCCAGAACCGGCUCGUCGGAACGCAGGGAGGUCCAGGAGAGACAAAAAGCGCACGGGGGCAAAGGCGGCCACAGGGGGCGCCAACAAGCAGGUACAGAGGACAUUCGGCCGUACAGCCGACCGCAGUUCCCGGCGGUCAACGGCCCGCGAGACCCGAGCUCCUCCGGCUCCGUGUCCUCCAGGGGCUCGGGGGGGCGGCGGAGAGGCGACGCCGGCUACAGGAACGCCGCCGACGUGAGCCUCGGCACCGUGGCGGCUUUCCAGACGGGAAAUGAAGAGCUUGAGGAACAUGGCGAGAUGUGUACGACCGUCAAUUCUUUUUGGGGACGAGGAGGACAUGCAAGUGAAUACAGAAGGAGGAGGAAGAGGAGGAAGAGGAGGUGGCUUACAAACCAAAUGAACGAACGGCGGAUCGGGACUGUACACAAAGAUUACACCCGACCACUUUUUGAACCAGUUUUUUUCCUUUUCUUUUCUUUUUUUUUUUUUUUUUUUUAUUAAGAAAAAGGCAACACACACAAGAAAGGCUACAAAGAACCAACAAUAUCGGGGAAAAAAAAAAAAAGAGUCAAGAAUUUUGGCUCCUCCUCAAACACUCAAAAAAAAAAAAAAUUAAAAAAACAUUUCAUACACCACAAAUUGUUAUGCAUAUUCCACAAUACUUUUUAUCAGCAUUUUUUUUUUUAAAUAAAUACAAAAGGAGGUUGUGGUGUCAACGUAAAAGAAAGGGAAACACGAUUAUUAGACAUUAGAAAUUUCAAUUUGGUCUUCUUUUUUGUCGGAAUGUGGGGGACUGCGUAUGGAUAUAUCGUAUAGGUGUAUAUAUGUAUAUAUAUAUAUAUAUAUAUAUAUAUACAUAAACACCACAAACAAUUGUAAAAUAACCUGAGAUACGCUCGUGCACCUCAUUUCCAGAAACACUGGCCACUGUGCCGAUUUAAAUGAAUGAACCAUCACAACAACCUUUGAACCCUUUAGCGGUAUAUGAAAAAAAAAAACUGUCAUCGAAGCAUAAAAAUCCUGAACAUGAACAUUGAAAACGGUGUUGUAAAGCAGCAGCGUUUUGGCAAAAGGCAAACAAAGAAACAAGGACGACAUCAUCUGAUGUUGGAUUGUUGCGUGAGUGCGCACGCGCGAAGCUUCUUGAAAUAAGACGGCACGGGCAUUGAAAAGGACGCAUUCAUACUCAUUAAUUACGUGUUUUUCCUCAUAAUAUUACAACUUCAUUCUCCUAAAAUUGCAAUUGUAUUCGCAUUGGGAACUUUUACAUAACAUUACAAAUGCAUUGUCUGAAAAUUGUACCCUUUUCUUGUAAAAUGAAGACUUUUUUUUUGCAUUAUAUUCGAACUUUUAUAUCUCACUUUUUAAAAUGUUGAUUUCAUUUUGGUAAUAUUCUGAAUUGAUUUUCAUUAAAUUACACGUUUUUCCAUAACA